GUGGACAAUCAAACCUACACACCCACCUCCAGACACACUCGCAUUUCUCAUUUCUUACUUCUAGUCUAAAUUAGAUAGCAAGACGUAGUGUCGGAGCUCACAGAUCGCAUAGAAUUAGUUUUAAGUACUAGCAGUAGCUAAACAGUAAAUCUGAAAUUCAACAUGGAGUCCCCUCCAGAUCCAGCGAGCGACCCGGGCAACAGCGCCUCGGAGCCGGCUACCCCGGUCAGGGAAACCCCGGUAAACCUGGAGACGCUCCGGAAAGCGGACCAUCCAGCCCCGGUUCGAAGGCAGACCUGUUCAAGCACCAACAGAGGUAUCUCAGUAACAAAGAAGACACAUACCUCUCAAAUCGAAAUAAUUCCCUGCAAGAUCUGUGGAGACAAAUCAUCAGGCAUCCAUUACGGCGUGAUAACAUGUGAAGGCUGUAAGGGCUUCUUUAGGAGGAGUCAGCAGAGCAAUGCAGCCUACUCCUGCCCUCGUCAGAAGAACUGCCUGAUCGACCGUACCAGCCGCAACCGCUGCCAGCACUGCCGGCUUCAGAAGUGCCUGGCAGUGGGCAUGUCACGAGAUGCGGUGAAGUUUGGCCGCAUGUCGAAGAAGCAGCGAGACAGCCUGUAUGCUGAGGUCCAGAAGCACCGGCUGCAGCAGCAGCAGCGUGACCACCAACAGCAGCCUGGAGAGGCGGAGCCGCUCACACCUAGCUAUGGCCUCUCAGCCAAUGGCCUCACAGAGCUCCAUGACGACCUCAGCGGCUACAUGGAUGGUCACACCCCUGAUGGCAGCAAACCAGACUCGGCAGUCAGCAGCUUCUACCUGGACAUCCAGCCAUCUCCUGACCAGUCAGGCCUGGACAUCAACGGCAUCAAGCCGGAGCCCAUCUGCGACUUUGCCCCUGGCUCUGGCUUCUUCCCUUACUGCUCCUUCACCAAUGGAGACACCUCCCCCACCGUGUCCAUGGCUGAACUAGAGCACCUGGCCCAGAAUAUCUCCAAGUCACACAUGGAGACAUGUCAGUACCUGAGGGAGGAGCUGCAGCAGAUGACCUGGCAGGCCUUCCUGCAGGAAGAGGUGGAGAACUACCAGAGCAAGCCCCGGGAAGUCAUGUGGCAGCUGUGUGCUAUCAAAAUAACAGAGGCCAUUCAGUAUGUGGUGGAGUUUGCCAAGCGCAUCGACGGCUUCAUGGAGCUGUGUCAGAACGAUCAGAUAGUGCUGCUGAAAGCAGGCUCUUUGGAAGUUGUGUUUGUCAGAAUGUGCCGUGCCUUUGACUCGCAAAACAACACAGUUUAUUUUGAUGGCAAGUAUGCCGGACCUGAUGUGUUCAAGUCAUUAGGCUGUGACGACUUGAUCAGCUCCGUCUUCGAGUUUGGGAAAAACUUGUGUUCUAUGCACCUGUCUGAGGAUGAGAUCGCCCUGUUCUCCGCCUUUGUGUUGAUGUCUGCUGACCGAUCCUGGCUCCAGGAGAAGGUGAAGGUGGAGAAACUCCAGCAGAAAAUCCAACUGGCCCUCCAGCACGUCCUGCAGAAGAACCACAGAGAGGAUGGUAUACUUACAAAGUUGAUAUGCAAAGUGUCGACACUGCGAGCGCUGUGCAGUAGGCAUACAGAGAAGCUUACAGCUUUCAAAGCAAUAUACCCAGACAUUGUGCGUGCCCACUUCCCCCCCUUAUACAAGGAGCUGUUUGGAUCAGACUUUGAGCAGUCCAUGCCCGUUGACGGGUAGCAGCCCUGCCAGGUGCUAGUGUGCCCACCGUAGGGGAAUGUGGAGGAGGAAUCUGAGACACUUUAUUGGUGCCCUGCACAAACCAGAGCGGACAGAUGGCACGCUGUUCAACUUCUUCUUUUUACGUCAGAGGGGAGGGCGUAGGGAGUUGAUUUUCAAGGUUUACUCUAUUGAAUUUAGUUUUCUUUGGAAGGCUUGUGGGACCCAACACCCCAUGGGACAUGAAGAGGAGCUAGGGACAAAUAAUUUCUGUCUGGUUGAACUUGACCCUCUUUUGCGUAUUUCUGACACUGAGCACAUGAUUCACUUCAUUACAGUCAUUGAUUUUCACCAGUAUUUAUUGCAUCGCCAUUAUUGUGAUUUAUCUGUGCAUCUGACUUGUAAUCAGAUAAACAAAUAAUGAGUCACUUUUUGAAUAAAAAUAGCUGGCGAUGUUUUCAAUUAGAAGAUAAAUUCAUAUCAGUAUUCUUUCAGAUUUUACUCCCCAAAAUAGUUCAUAUUCAAACCUUUAAACAGUCUUUUUCCCCAAUCUGCUUCAUACACUAUAUCCCAAACCAAAA